CCCCCCAUCUGCUGUUACUGGAAUUCUUUGAAUGAGCCUCUUAAAUUCCAGCAUGGCAGUCCUUGAACAGGAGGCAAAAGUGCAGCCUCAGAAUAAUGAAUGAAAAAGAAUAAAGUUGUCGUAUGCUGUAAAAGCUAAGUUUGGAACGUGAGAGGCUGGCAGAGCUACUCCUCACAGCAGUACCACCCUCUGCCCCUUACCAUUCAUUAACGCAGCACAAGCUCUUUGCUAAGUACCAGGCCUGCCUAAAAAUAAAUAAAAUAAAAAAGAUCCCUUAUAAGGAAGCAUUCUGUGAAAGUCAACUCCUGCUGUUUUCUACAUGCCCAUUCCAUUCCCUUGAAGGAACAACAGUUUCAACACGCAUCGCCCUUAUCCCUUCUCCAUUCUUAACUUCUGCACCAGUUGUUGGCCAAAAAUAAACACCAUUCCACAACCAUAUAUGAGCAACAGCGUUCUGGUGAUCCCUACGCCUUCCUGCACUGCCAUCAUUCCAAUGCCAGCAGACUGUCAGCUCCCAAGCACGCUGCAAGGGCUAUGCACAUAACCCAGCUGAAUCGGGAAUGCCUCUUGCAUCUCUUUUCCUUUCUGGACAAAAACAGCAGGAAAAGUUUAGCAAAAACAUGUCAUAAAUUGCUUGAAGUGUUUCAAGAUCCCGUGCUUUGGUCUUUACUGAACUUUAAUUCUCCAGUGGAACUACAGAAGCGUAAUUUUCUCCUGGGACCUGCUUUAAAAUACUUGUCCAUCUGCUGGUAUUCAGAGAGAGUCAAGGUGUGUAACAUUGAGGACUGGAUGAAAAACAAUUUCCAGAAAGACUUCUGUAGCAGGCAUGAGAACACUGUCACUGAUUUUUUACUAGAAGUUGGCAACAGAUGUCCAAACCUGCUAUCUCUGACCCUCUCAGGAUGCGGCCAUGUUACAGACGAUUGCCUUUUGCUUCUCCUCAAGAACUGCCCAAGCCUCAAGACACUCAAACUGGAAAACUGCGCGCGGAUCACUGACCGGACGCUAGAAGCAGCAAUCCUCUAUGGGGGAUCACUGCAAACGUUGCACGUGGAUUUCUGCCGGAACAUAACACAGAGCGGGCUGGAGAGAGUUAAGGAAAAACGGCCCUCAGUAACACUGAGAGCAGAGAGAAGUGCUAACAUGAUUCCAGACAGUAAGCCGGAAAAAAAGUUGGCGUUUGAAAAACUGUCCAGAAAAAUGGCUCUGCUUUAAGUUAUAGGGAUGGAUUUCCACUUACCUCUGGUGUGGCGCUACUUCAACUACCCAUAGGUACUCUACUGCACUCUGGUUUAAGUCCAAAUAAAUGGCUGAAUGUUUUAUACAAGCUUCACUAGAAAAAGGCGCGAGUUUUCACACCUUUUAAAGAAAGAACACCUCUGCUUUUGCUGUUCCUUGAAACUGGAAAAAUCAUGUGUUUAUGUCACAUAAUGCAGCACUUAAUUAGUCAAGUCUAAAAAUGUGAAUUGGAGAAAAGCAACAACCAGAAGACCCUUCAAAUUUUCAUUAUGACAACACAGAUCGUUUUGGCAGUAAGGUACAAAAAGGAAUUAAACUAAGUCGUCAAACACAGUAAAACUUUACUUACCAGCAAUCAUGAACUUCAUGACCAAGGCCAAAAAAAGGGUUAAAUCACAGAUAUAAAUCAAAUUUCCAGACCUGAACCAAUCAUUUGUUCACCUUUUCUCUGGAGAACACUACUGCUCAAUAUCACAUUCUGCUCUUAUCAGUCCCCUCUAAGCAUGACAGACACCUGCACUGCUGCACUGCAGGGCAGGUGGCUGAGCCACCUCUAUUUACAUGUAGCAUUUAAUGCUUUAAGCAUAUUGUGUUCCAUACUUCCUUAAUCUGCAAAGGAACUAAACAAACACAUUGUCACACACCUGUUCCUACCUCUGAUACGCAUUUCUUAUCACUGCUACAGUCAUGCACAUUUCAUCCAGUGCUAAAAAGCAGAAGGGGAAUGAUGAUGCGUUGAAACAGCUCACAGCCUACCCUGCCGCAGCAACUCUGUCAUUAGCAAGUUACAAGGCUGAGCUGUAUGCAUUUUUUAUUGUAUGUAUGUGUGUAUACCUAUAUAUUGUUAUAGAUGACUUAAAGUACAGUAUAGAUGACUUAUACUACAGAAUGCAGAUACACACUGGUAAUAUUUACUUUUCUUUUUCUAUACAAAGAUGUCUGCAUAUGUAAAAUACUCUUAAACUGACAUAAAGUUAUAAUUUUCUCAGAUUGUCUCCAAUGGA